AGGGAUUGACACCUCUGUCCUGCAGUUGCCCAAGCUGGAAACCUCUGGACUAGGAACUUUACUGACAACUGGAAUGAUCACUAAAACCCACAAAGGAGACUUGGGCCUUGGGCUCCCAGAGAAAAAGAAGAAGAAGAAGAAGAAGGUGGUCAAAGAACCAGAGACUCAAUACUCAGUUUUAAACAGUGACAGUUAUUUCACUGAGAUCUGUCCCACAAAAGCCACAUCCCCCUCAAAGAGUGUGGUCCUAGGACAGGCAUCGGAGAUGCCUCUCGUGAAGAAAAAGAAGAAAAAGAAGGGCCAUAGCACGCUCUGCGAGCAGCACUUAGAACCUGAGACCACGUUAUGUGCUGGACGGACAGAGAAGUUACCAAGCCCCAGGAAGCAGGCUCUUGGUUCAUCUGAGUUCCAAGGCGGAGAGAAGAAAAAGAAGAAGUCCUUAUGGCCUCCGGCCAUGCCCCCUGACUCAAGAGUGCAGACCUCCCCGGACCCCAGGCAGGGCGAGGAGGUGACAAGUGUCAGCAAGAAGCCCAAAAAACACAAGAAGGAAAAAAAGGCCCGGGAGGCUGCAGACUUUUCAGCCAAGGACCCUUGGUUCUGUGAGUCUGGGGAUUCUCUGUACACUAGCUCAGUGGGGAAGGAUGGGGAGGAGCAGGUGGCCUCAGAGUGGAAACGGAAGCAGGAGGACACCUCAGAGCACAAUUUGAAGAUGAAAAAGAAAAAGAAAAUCCACCAGAAGGGAGACCUUGAGCUCUCCAAAUCAAUUGAGAACAUCCCUAGGAAAAGAAAGAAGAAGCCAGUCAAAGUCGAAGCUCCAGAAUACAUCCCAAUAGAACAUAACCCCAAGUCCCCUGCAAAAAAGAAAAUGAAGGCCAAGAAAAAGGCAGAGCAGCCAGGCAUUGAGGAGCCAGCUCUGAGGAGGAAUAAAAAGAAGAAGGAGAAAGAGAGCAGAGUGGUAGCAGGAGAAACUUGCGAAGAGGAGCCUGACACAGACUUAGAGGUGGUGUUGGAAAAGAAAGGCAACAUGGAUGAGGCGCACAUAGACCAGGUGAGGCGAAAGGCCUUGCAAGAAGAGAUUGAUCGUGAGUCGGGCAAAACAGAAGCUUCUGAAUCAAGGAAGUGGACAGGAACUCAGUUUGGCCAGUGGGAUACUGCUGGUUUUGAAAACGAGGAACAGAAACUGAAAUUUCUCAAACUUAUGGGUGGCUUUAAAAAUGUGUCCCCUUCACUCAGCCGCCCCCUUAACACGACCGGAAGGCCCAACAUGGCUCUCAACAAGAAGGCGGCCGACACCCUGCGGCAGAACCUCCAGCAGGACUACGACCGGGCCAUGAGCUGGAAGGCCAGCCGGGGUGCCGGCCUUGGCUUCUCCGCCACCCCGGGCAAAAUCUUCUAUAUUGACAGGAAUGCUUCCAAGUCCAUCAAAUUUGAAGAUUAAACUACCGUCUUGUCCUUCAAAACAGCCAAGAUUGCUUUUAUAAUGCAGUUGUGCAAACGAAAGCCACCCUACAGUUGUCUCCGGUCACACGUCUACAGAGAUUAAGGACAACUAUGCCCAUGUGCUUGGAUGAACUGGGGUCAGGGAAGCUCGCGUUUCAGAAGUCAAAAGAACGUGUGUGUGGCUCACACCUACUGUUUUCUGUAUGAAGGAUUCCAUCCCUGCUUGAAGACAUCAACGUAUAUAAAUAGCUAAAUGUGUUGAGUGCUUAGUACGUACCACGUACAUACUAACGUGUUGCCCCUGCGUUAAUGUACUUAAUCGUAAUAAGUAUAAAAUAGGUGCUAUUAUCCCCAUCUUAUAGAUGAGGAAACUGAGGUUCAGGGAUGAACUAAUAAAAUUGCCCAGGUUCACCCAACCAGUAAGUGCCAAGUGUUGUACUUUUGUGCCCCAGGUCCUCUGUCACUAUUCACUACUCUAACUGUCCCCCUUAGGGAACUUCACCAGGAAAAGUCACUGGAGAUUGAAAUCUCUUUUGAGUGAAGAAACAGAAGUUUUAUUAGAUGUCUAACUCUCACACAGGAAGUAGAGUUAAUGAUAAACAGGGAAGAGCAAGCUCAUUUUCUUUUCCCCUCCUGGAGUUGCUGCAGGCAGAGAAGGGUCUCAGUUGCCACCAAGCAGAUGUGACCGAGCUUUCUCCGCUGUUAGGAAAUGUGUUUCUAAACCAAUUUUGCCUUUUUUGGCUGCCUUUCCAUCCUCAGUACUGAGCUGGAUUUAGUCUUGAUGCUUUAACUGAAUUCUGAAGAAGGCAUUUUAGAGAAACUGUUAAGUCUUCAUGAACCAAUGACAAAUUCCCAGGGAUCUGUUAGAUUCUUUGUGACCAUGAGGAAUAGAAUCCUAGGUGACCUAUGUCGUGGAGGUCACGUGCCAGGAGGGGUCGAUGUGUGGGGAUGACAGGAAGUUGCCAUGCCCGCCUUCCCAUGCCUAGACGCUACCGCCAGCCGCACAGAGCUCCAGGCACGAUGAUCUGAAUGAUAUGACCACCUUCUCUCCAUUCACCUCGCGUUUUGCAUCCCAACAUAGUUUCACAUUACUUGACCUGAAUGCCUCCUAUAGUCAUCCCAGCUCAGCAGCCCAACCAAAGAGCCAGGAUAUUUAGUCUCUCACUUGGCAGGAAGUCCUGAUGUAGGGAAUUGAUGCAGCAACUGAAAGAAACAUUCUUUUCCGCUCUGCCCCAUUCAUCCUAUUGGCUUCAUCAAGCUGGUGGAAGAAUGGCUGGACCAAUUCUAAGCAGGAUAUCAAGACAGUAGAACAUUCCACAGAAAGAAGAAAAACCUUCUGGCUCAAGGAAACUUCCAGAAGACCUUUCAUCAUAGCUCAUUGCCCAGCAAUGCGUCACAGGCCUAUUUCUGAGGCCCUGGCAUGUGCAGGAAGAUUCACUUCAGGCAAGUCAAGAAGGAAGGGUGAAGAACUGAUGAUGAGACAAACAGGCCGACUGCUGUCUCGCUGGGUGGGUGGAGGUAAGGCAGGCCUGCCCUGACUAAUACACACUGGCUAAGUCACGAGUCCUACAGGUCUAUGCUAGUCAUGUCUCAGGUGGGCCGCAUCACCCAGAAUGUGAAUCGGGCCUUUGAUGGAUUCAACUUUGGGAUACAUAAUGGAAGAGGUCACCUAAAUGCCUAGAAGGUAAGGUUCUGCCAUUGAGUUAGCUCCUUCACAGAACCUUGUCCUUUCACAGGGGACUAAAUCUCUCCUGGCCUUGAUCAACACUACAGGAAUUUACUCGCUGUACUGUCUGCUUCUCUAGUUUUUUUUUUUUUUUUUUUAUCUUGCCGAGAAAUCACACUACGGUUAGGGUCUGCCUUGGCUUAUCAGGAAAGAUUGUGCUUGGCUGUCUCUUGGGUGAUUUUGGAGAGUGGCUGGCUGGUUGUCCACUGUCUUGUCCUCAUGGUGAUAGUUCUCAUUAGGCUGUGAUGGUCAGACCUUUUCCCUCCUGCCAUUUAGUAUAAAUAGUCUGUGUGUAAGAGGAUUUGACUUUCAAACUCUACGUAUCCCCAUUGCUAAAGAGUUCUACUGGCUCAGGAGGUUGAACAGCCAAGACCUUGAGAUGUCCAGUGUCCUCAGAACGUACUUGAUCUUCCCUCUGCUGCUCUAACCGGAAUAGAUCACUGCUUGUCAAGUUACCAGGUCUCUGUCCUGCAGCAGUCUGCAGUCCCAGGAGGAUUUCCCCUCGGAGUGUCCUGGGUUAGCUGGGCUCCUCUCCUUUGUGAUUUAAACAACGUUGGCAUGUGCCACCUCUGCUCCACCGCUCCACUGAAACAAGGCAGUUUGGGGAUUUUUACUCAGAACCAGGGCAGGCGAGAUGGGACAUGUAUAGCACAGUCAAGGCUGAAUAUUUAACCCUGUUCUCAUACUUGUUGGCUGUUUGUCCCUCAGGGAUUUCUCAACUGACCGAGGUUUCAUAACAGGGUCCUUCCCUCCUUACAGUUGCCCUUAUCCAGCUGUCUAUGAAACCUCAGGAUUCUUAGCCACUGUAUUCCUUGGGGCGAUUCCUGCUGAUUCUGCCUUAGCCCACCAGACCCUGCCCUGAGACUUCCUUUCCAUAACUAGGCGCAUCAAAAGUAUUUGCUAGGUAGACAAAGUUUUCUAAAAGAAAUCGUGUAUUCAACUUUACUAACUGAGAAUUAGGUUUGUGACUGGCAGACUAAUGAGCUCCCAUCCCCCCAAGAUGUCCUUGUCCCAUCACUGGAACCUGUGAAUGUGUUAGGAAACAAGAUGGAGUUUGGGUAACAGAUGGAAGUAAGGUUGCUAAUCAGCUGACCUUAAAAUAAGAUUUUCCUUGAUUAUCUGAGUGAGCCCAGUCUAAUCAUAGGGGUCCUUAACUGUAGAAGAGGGAGGCAGAAAUGUCAGAGACUUGUAAGAAAAACUCAUCAAGUUGUUGCUGGUUUAAGGUGACGGAAGGGGCCAUGAGCCAAGGAAUGCAGGUGGCCUCUAAAAGCUGAAAAAGGCAAGAAAACAAUCUCCCCCAAGCCCUCAGAAGGAACAAAGCCCUGCUCACACUUCAUUUUCAGGGUAAGCCCCCUGAGACCUGUUGGACUUAGGACAAAUAGAUAUCAAAGUGAUACAGUUGUGUUGUUGUAAGCCACUAAGUUUGUGAAACUGUUAAAGCAGCAAUAGAAAAGUAACCUAGGUCUCAUGUAGAACUUUUUCUCAUUUAAAAAAUCUUAUUUCCUAAAAUAUUUAUAAUUUUAUUGUUUCAUUAUCCUUUGUAAUGACAGUGGACUUAAUGCCCUGUAGGCUGUGGUUUUCAGAGUCUGGCUAAUUGAUUCAGUAAUGGGCUGAGGAAAACCACAAAAGUUCUAAGCCUUUGCCCGGACAGGUGUGACAGAUGCUUCAAAAGCUCCUUAGGUGUAAUGCAUAUUCAGCCUAAUGUGAAAGUCCAAGUUCACGUCAAUAUAAGACCAUUACUCAGGCUUGGGAACAAACGCUGUCUGAUGUGUAACCUCAGAGUAGACUUAAAGCGGGUGAUUUGUGAAUUUGCCAGUUGCGUUUCAUUUAAAUAGUAUCAUCUAGUAAAAGUGGCAUAUGAAAUCAUUUUAACGGAAAUAAUUUUGUGAAAUAAAGAUCACUUGAUAAUA